AUGUUUUCAGAUAAAAUUCUCACUAGUGAAAUACUUCCAGAUCAAUUUCUAGUUGUUGGUCAUCCUCGACAUACUACCAUAGAUAUCUAUUCGCUUUUUCAAUUUUUGAGCUAUAAUGUUAUUUGGAACACCUGCCCUUUUCAAUUAUUUUUUCAUCUACCACCAUCUUUUGUACGACAGCCAGAAAUCCUUUCCAAACAGCAUUUUGAAUCAUACAUGAUUUAUUGCGCUUCGUCAUUGGAUAAAACUCGUUGUAAGACCAUUUUUUUGGACGCGUCCCUUUGA